GUCAGCGAGCACUCCCAGCAUGCCAAGCGAAGUUGAUCACGUGACCGAAACCCGCACGGAGCAAGUCACGGUGACAGGAGUUGAAGAAAGAUCCUUGUCGCUGGUUAGCUCCGCCCCUUGCUGACGCGCUGUUCUAAGAUCACAGCACUUGGUAGAGCAGGUAGGGGGGAGUCUAGAAAGUUCUGACGGCAGUCGCGGGUUGCGUCUUGUAGUUUUCUCAAGUAAACACCCCCUGUUCCUUUGAGAUGUCCCAGCGACUUGCUUGUAGCGGCCGGCUUGGCUCUGGCUCGGCGGCAGGUGGAGCUGCGGCUGCAGUAGUAGUCGCAGUUCCUUCAGUAGCAGGUGUGAGCACUGUGCCGGCCGGCGACCUCCUCCGAGUCUACCCUCUGUCCCCCGGCCACAAGCGGCACGAGCCGGCACACGCCGCGGCGGUGGCUCUGGACCUGCCCCGAUCGCUGGGAACCGGGGAGCUGCUGCCAGCAGCCAGGAAGAGAGGAGCUCGGGGGCACACCAUGAGCAGCCUGCCCUUCUACUGCCGGGGGGAGGUGGUGAAAGGCUUCGGGAGAGGAUCCAAGGAGCUGGGCAUCCCUACAGGUGAGCGGAUACUGGGCUGAGGGGGAUGGAUGGGACCACCUGGGAGGAUAACUGGGGGGGGGAUGUGGAUGGGACCACCUGGGAGGAUAACUGGGGGGGGAUGUGGAUGGGACCACCUGGGAGGAUAACUGGGGGGGGAUGUGGAUGGGACCACCUGGGAGGAUAACUGGGCUGAGGGGAUGGAUGGGACCACCUGGGAGGAUAACUGGGGGGAUGUGGAUGGGACCACCUGGGAGGAUAACUGGGGGAUGGAUGGGACCACCUGGGAGGAUAACUGGGCUGGGGGUAUUGGAUGGGACCACCUGGGAGGAUAACUGGGGGGGGGAUGGAUGGGACCACCUGGGUGGAUAACCUGGCUGGGGGGAGACCACCUGGGAGGAUAACUGGGCUGAGGGGAUGGAUGGGACCACCUGGGAGGAUAACUGGGCUGGGGAAUUACAGGUGGAUCCCAUAUCCAUCACUGGGAUACAUAUUAUAUGGGGGUUUAUUUGGCAAAAUAGGAAUUUUGAAAAAAUGGUGAUUAAAAAUACCAACUAAUUACUUCACACAGGUUUAUAGCUACAUGGUAGCAAAAUACAAAUUACUACUAAAGUUAAAAUAAAGGUUGGAGAUGGGGUUUGUUAAGAAAAAUAAAAAGAUGUACAGUUAUGGCUAUUCAAAUGCAAGUUGUAAUGUGGUAGGAAUAUGCCAUGCAGCAAUAUAUAAAUAUAUAAAUAUAAUGCUGUGCUUAAAGCGGCACUGUCAUGCCAAACUUGCCUUUCCCCAAUCGAUUCCUCUUCUCUCCCUCUGUCCGGAUCUGUUCUUCAUUUCUUCCUGCCUACUUAAGUUUUCUUUAAAAUUAUAAGACAAAGUAGGGACUAUUUGUCUUAUAGAGGUUUCCUACGACUGACCCAGGUAUGACCAACGGAGGAGCAAAGUGCGCUUCAUUACCGGUGGUCCGAGCAAUUUUCCCACAAUUCUCCUCUUUCCUCCAUGUUCCGGCGAAGCCUCCUUUGACUUUUCCUGAACGACCUGUCAUUUAGACAGAACGCCGGCGAAACUACCGAAUUGCGUCCUAACAUAAUGAGAACAGUUUCUCCAUUUGUGUUAGAACGCAUUUCGGGUCUUUGUUCAUAUCAGAAUUUCAUUUGAAUGAAAACUCUGAUUGUAUUUGUGCCGCAGCUGCGUCUAGCAACAGCUUAAUAGAUGGCUCCCAGAUACCAUGGGAAUUAGGGUACUAUCUACUGAAAGACCUAAAUUGGUCUUUCAGCCAAAUUAACUAAUACUUUUUUGCUUCGUAUUAGUAAAUAAUCUGCCCCUACUCGCUAUACUGCGAGUAGGGGCAUGUCUGUUAAACAGUGAGCAGUCUAUGGCUUCUCACUGUUAAAAAAACAAAAAAAAACCCUAGAAUGCACCCUCCUGUGCCGUGUGAGUGGGAGCUAUUAAACAUGAACGAGGGACCUUUUUGCCCCCCAGUCCCACCCCUGAGCGGCGGGUGGGGGCCCUAAAUUACAAUAAAGGGGGGGGAUUUGUCUUCCUUAGUCCCUAUUUUGUCUUAAGAUUUUAAAGAAAACUAAAGCAGGUAUGAAGAACACAUCCUGACAGAGGGAGAGAAGAGGAAUCGAAUGGGGAAAGGGAGGUUCGGCGUGACCGUGCCUUUUUUAAAUAGUAACUUCUUCAUAGUAUAAUAUGUAACGAGGAAGUGUGAGAGUUUUUUUUUUGUUUUUUUCCCUCAUGAUUCACUAGAUUCUAAUGAACUGACAGCCGAAUUUCAAAAUAUGGACAAAGUGCUGAUUUGGGAAACGUCUCCAUGUGCUCUAGUGCCACAACUUGACUGUUUCAGCAGUUUUGCAAUUCGGUUUCAAGUUUACUACAGGUUGAUUUUACUACUUAAUAAAUUCCCAGGUUAAGCAAGGUUAUUCAAUAAACCAGAACUUGACUAGGAAUUUAACAGGAAUCUUAAGCAAACAUUUUCUCAACUUUGCUCCUUUUUUUUUUUUUUUUCUGCCUUGCAUACUAAUUAUUUUAUAAUAGUUUUAAGCGUACCCUUAGAGAUGUGCCAUAUAUAAGCAGAGACUGAUUAGUGAUUUGGACGGGAUCAAAAUAAAACAUUGUUAUAUGAAAUUGUGUAGUAAUUGGCCACAAGAUUAAACAUGUCAGCACAUUUUACAAAAGUGUGAAAGACCGUGAUGGCUUCAAUCAGGAAUAUUUAUCAAAGCGUUUUGAAAAGUGAUGGUUGAAGUCUGCAUUAUUUUGAUCACAUUUUAUUAAAUUGAUCUACAUGAUGACAGUUUUCUUCAUAGUAAAUUCUACUAAUUCUUACAGAAACGUUUACACUUUCACCUUUUUAUAGUGGCAGAAAUAGUAAUCUGUUGCGUUGGCCAAAAAAACACAUAAAAUAAUGUUUCAUCUAAUGCGUAACCGCAUUAGGUGAAACAAUCUAGCAGAUGUAAUAAAUUGCAUCAAACAUUCACAGAAAAUUAAACUGAAGGUAACUCAAUCAUAAUUUCCCCAGUGAGGGGAUUUUUUUUUUUUUUCCCUUUUACGUCUCAAAAAAGUGAGUUCAUGUUGCAUGACAUGAAAUUGUGCUGCAUUCUCGUUGGUACUUGCUUUGUCCUUUUUUAUUUAUUAUUUAAUAUACCACUUAUGGGAAAAUUUGUUUACUUGAAAAAGUACUGAUACUCUUCUGGUAAAAUAUAAAGAGCUCUCUGUUCCCUUAAUGUUUUGAUUAAGUCAAAAGACAAAUUCGGUUUUAAAGGAGAACAAGGGACUGCACUCACUCAUAAAACAAAUCACGGGGUGCUGAGCCAGGUCCAGCAUAUCCCAUGAGAACAGAUAUCAAAGAAAAUGUCACUUACUAUCAGGCCUGAUAUAUCACAGUGAGUGACUGAGAAAUUUUCUUUGAUAAGACAACUUCGGUCACAAGGCAACUGGACUGACUGACAAUUUUGAAUCUAUACAUGUAAAUAUCUAUCAUUUCUAAUUAAAUCCACAUGGGGCAAAGGUCCUGGAAAUGGGGGUUUGAGUAAGCCUUUAAUUAAAAAAAUUCCAUAUCCAGUGUAAAAUAAAGUUUUAAUGGGUUCAAAUUUGCGUUUUUUUUUUUUUUUGUUACACAUAUUUAACACAUGCUUACUCAAUGGUGUAUUUUUUAAAGGUGUAGUGUUGCUCCUUGACAUGUUGGACAUAGUCCAUCAUGACCCAAUGUGACAUCACACCUUGUUCAAAAUAAACCUAUAGGUACACAUACUAUAUUUCUCAGAAUAUAGGAUGCAGUAUUUUUAAUUUAUUUUCUUAACAUCAAGACUUAAGGUAAAAAAAACAAAAAACAUGCCCAUAUCCUAUAAAAGUUCAGCCAGUGGAAUGUCCGAGUGAUUUUUCGGGAUGGGGGGCACACAGAGCUCCCUCCAUUAACUCUGGGUAUUGUCAGUGCUGCAUAUUUCAUAGGGCUACUGAGGCCCUUGCCUCAGAGUACCCAUGAUCAUAGACUUAUCUUUGGAAUAGUGGCUUGUUUGGAUUAGAAGGGGAAUUUGCUUUCUCCUUCUCAACCCCACGUGACUUUACACUGUCUGCACUUACUUCUUCUAUCCCAAAGCGUCUGGGCAGUGACAAAGUGUGCUUAAGAGGGUAAGGAGUUACAAGAGGUAAAGGGUUAAACCUGGCAACCAGACCACUUCAUUAAGCUGAAGUGGUAUGGGUGCCUAUAGUGGUCCUUUAAGCUAAAGUGUGUUUUUUUUGUGAUUGUAGAGUGCUUUUAAGCGCCAUAUUUUAUCAAGUGGGCAUCUUCACUGCCUGAUCCCUAAAGACUUUGAGGUGUAUUUACUAAACUAAGAAAUAAAGUUAUAAUCUAAAACUGGUUUGAAAACGGUACAUUUAUUUUAUUUUUUCAAGAUAGUUUUGUAAAUGGUGAGUCACUGAUUGUCUGAGAGUGUCAGCUGACCGUUGUCAGGCAAUCAGUGGCAUCCAUGCCUAGCGGCACUCAGAGCUUCUUCAAAUGGGCAUUUCAGAAGCCAGUGCUGCCUUGGGGAGUUGAGUUUGGUGCUGGAGUAUAACUAUAUGGGUUAAACCGUUCAAGAACGGUUUAACACCUUUAGGUAAGUGGCACCAUAACAACUUUAUUUAGAUGAAGUUAUGGUUCCUGGAGUGCCCCUUUUUAAUGUGAUUCAUCAAGUUAUUUAUUGAAUUAAACUGCUGGUUGUUGUUGUUGUUGUUGUUACAUAGAAAAUGGUAAAAUUGACUUGCCUAAUGCUUUUGUUUGGUAUAUGCACGUGCCCAUUAAUGAAAUUAUUAUAAGGCUCUGAAAUCUGCUAAGGAAUUCAUUUGUCAUACAUAGGCAUCGUAACGUUAUGUUUGCGUUGCUCUUGAAACAUAUUAGAAAUACUACAAAGUGAUCUAAAACUAGCUCUAAAUGGAAAGCUUAGAAAAAAACCAGAUAACUGAUUAAAAAAAAAAAAAAAAAAAAAAAAUUGGUUUUAAUCCAGUCUGGGUGCAAUACUGCUGUAUCGAUCCCAAUCUAUAUUUCUAUAAACUGACCUAAAUAACGGGAGUGGGGGUUCAAUACAAACAGUAACUAUUAUUUUUAUAUAUUUAUUUUUUUUUUUCUAGAUUGAAUUGCAUUAUGUCAAUGGAACAAUGAUUGCCUUGAAUGCCCAGUAUACUUGGCAUUGUUUUUACCAUGUAUUUUGCAAUGUUAAAAAUGCAGUUAAGUGACUGUACACUUUUUUUUGCUAGCUAAUUUUCCUGAACAUGUUGUGGAUAGUCUUCCCUCCGAGUUGACGACUGGCAUUUACUAUGGCUGGGGCUGUGUUGGAGAUGGCGAUGUUCAUAAAAUGGUUAUGAGUAUUGGCUGGAAUCCUUAUUACAAAAAUACUAAAAAGUCUGUGGUAAGAUUAUCUUUUAUUUUUCUCCUUUGUGAAUGGGUUUUGUAGCUUGAUGUCUUGCAGUAAGUAUUCUUAAAUGCAUAAGGGAAGAAUCACUCAUAACAUUCUUUUCCACUGUUGCAUGAACCAGCGUCUGAUUAUACUGUUUCGCUGGCUCAUUUAUGUCCAUACUCUGAACCUACAAGGGGAGUGAGUGUGAGGAAGAUUGGCUUGUAUAAAAAGCACUGGUAUAGAGAGGCAGCGAGGGCUAUACUUAAUGAAGGAAGCAGAGGAACAAAAGCUUCUCCUUGCAGGCUCUGCAAAGGAGAAGCUCAAUAAGUUUGUCAGCGUACUGGUGAAAGAUGUUAAAUAUGCACAAGAUUGACAUUAGGCAGACAGAAAAGUCACUUGUGCUUAGGGUGUAAGUAUCACCUGGCACAAAAGUUGAUAUAUCAAAAUAUGUGCAGCGUUUUAAGAAGAAACCCUGCACGUACAGACACCUACCACCAUGAAAGUUUCUAAAAGCAGCAGCAGACAUGUGAUUGGAGUAAUUCUUUGUUACGAAUGGUGGUAUUUCGGAUACCCGUUCGUUCGUUUUCUCCCGAACUUCUAGAGGCUGAGUGAUUAUAGCUCGCAGUUCGGGUGUUGAUUCGAACGUUCUCCAGACAAAAAUACAGCAUACAAGUAAAUCCACCAAGUAAUCAGACGCAUACCCAAACAUCAGCCUGAACUAGGUGAAGGGUACACCAGAAAUUAAUUUAUUCAGAUCAAAUGGCCAGCUUUUUAUGCAAGACAAGGGUACAGUAUACACGCCCACAGAAACUCCCACAACACGCCCCUUAAAUUCCUGAGUCAAAAUGACUCAACCUAAAAUAUCAAAAGUACAUAAUAAAACACAGAUAUUCUAAGCACCCCCAUAAAUGACUAAUCCUCGGAUAGCUUGGAUCUGAGCGCCCAAGUUGUCAAAAAAAAGCGCUCAGAUCCAACAUACACAGCCGAAUCGCCACCGGUGCAAAGAUUUGAUUAACUGUUUACGAGGCGCUUGCCCAAAACAGUUCCAGAGUUUCAUGGGUAGCGGUCGGUCAAUUUCUGAAGUCCCGAACAAAUCCACGAACUGUGCCCCUGGCUCAUAGAUAGCGUUUGUUCCUUGGGUUUGCUAGAACAAACCUACUGAAACAGCGCUCUCUUGGCUGGUUGGGGAAAAGAAACAGGCGUUUGCGAAGUUGACCUGUGUUCGGGAAGUCGGGUGUCCAAUUUCGAGUUCCAGACACUUGACGACCAAGUCCCGCUGCCUCUUUUCGUGCACCAAGAUAGCCACCGUUUUCUCCAACACGUGUUUUUCGGUUACACAUAGGGAGAUCACUAAUUCCUGUGGUUUUCUUUGAACUUAAUGAGCCAUGGUGGUCGGUGUUCGGAACCAAAAAAAUAAUGAACGAGCACCAAAGUAUGUAGUGUGUGGUUUUUUUUUUUUUUUUCACACCCUUUAAUUGUGUGUGUGUGUGUGUGUGUGUGUGUAUAUGUAUAUGUGUAUAUAUAUAUAUAUAUAUAUAUAUAUAUAUGUGUCUAUCUAGAUAUAUCUCUCUCUAUCACACACCCUUUAGUAAAUUUGGUAUUGUUAUAAAAUGCAUAUUAAUUUAAUAGUAAAGGGACACUAUAGUCACUAUUACUUAAUUUACUAUUAAUAUAGUGAUGCCUUAAUCUAAAGGAUGUAAUCCUGACCUGUCAUAAAUGCAUGUUUGGUGUAAUACUAAUAGCUGGGAGUAGCUGUCACUAAUGCUGAUCUAGCAGCACCUCCGAGUUGCAGCCGCCCAAAUAUGAAGGCCAUUAACCGAGCAGGAGAUAAGAAGUUCUAAAUAAAACAAUACAAUAAAGGAAAUUUUUAAUAUUCAAUCUCUUUACAGGAAGUGUUUAAGAAGACUUUUUUUUUCCUUCUUCCCCACAGUCAGGGGAGUUGUGGCUAGGGCUGCAUGAACAGAAGUGUUUAAACUCCUAAAUGGCAGAAAAUUGAGCAAUGAGACUGCAGAGGCAUUAUCUAUACACUAAAACUGCUUUAUUAAGCUAAAAUUGUUUUGGUGUGUAUAGUAUCCCUUUAAGGAUUCUCUUUAGAUCCAGUCUGCACAGACCACAACAUAAAAUACAUUCAACAUUUUGCAUAUAUGUCAUCACAGUCUGUAAAGGCCAAGGUCAUCCUAUAUGUACAGUCUAGAGAAGCAGCCAUAUUCUAGAGAGAAAUAGCUGUAAAAAGCUAUUAACUGAUAAUGGCUUCUUUUUUGUAAGUAAUUCUGUGAUAUGUAGAAAUUAAUUAGCUUUAAGUUUGUGUGGAAACUUGAGUAUCUCAAAAUUGUAUUUUACAUUUUUGCCGUGUCAUUGUAACAAAUUUUUAUUUUAUUUUUUUCAUCAGGAAACCCAUAUUAUUCAUCAGUUUGAAGAGGACUUCUAUGGUGAACUGUUAAGUAUAGUAAUUGUUGGCUACAUUAGACCAGAACGAAGUUUUGAAUCAUUGGGUAAGUUGCACUCUCUUUCUGCAGUAUUUUAAACUGUAAAGUUUGUAUUUUAAAAUUUGGGUUUUAUCAAGACAUCCCAUUUUGUGAGAUGCAGCACAUUCCAGUAAGAUUAAUACAUUUGUUAGUAGCUAUCUGUAUGGAGAGUCAGAAGGACAGCAAAGCAAAAAAUUUAAAAAAGCUCGUGGGGGAGGGGAUAUAUUCCGUCAUGAUUCCCUUUUAUUCCAGAUGUUGUGUCCUUAAGGGGUUAAGAAUUGUUGGAAUCCUAACGUAGCUUUAAUUAUCCCACUUAAAUCACAUUAGUCUUUAAGAUAAUUUUAAUUUCUUUAAAUUUUUGGUUCAAUAGCCUUUGCACUCUGUUAACACUGUGUGCUCCUGUCUAAAAUGUACAGAUGCCCUUAUUGAUGCAAUUCAUGGUGACAUUGAUGAAGCCAAGAAACAGCUGGACCUGCCAGAAUUCAGAAAACUGAAAGACAACUACUUCAGCACUACAUCAAAUAAGAUCAUGAAUGGUCAUUGACUUUUUUUUUUUUUUUUUUUUUUUUUUCUUCUCUAAAAAGACAAUUUCCUAGACUCUAUCAUCUUGCCUCCAUUGCUGCUCUUCAGUGUUUAAAUAAAUAUAAAAUGUAUGAGUUGAACAUUGUUUUGUAUUCUUAAACACGGAAGAGCAGCAAUGGAGCAUCUGAUGCAAUCUAUCAAAGAUGCUAAAGUAAGUAAAUCUGUCAGGCAGUAACCAUUUGUGUUUACACGCUAUGUUCCCUGGCGAUUAAAACGCACUUUAGACACAACCAUCUGCCUAUGAGAGAACCACUUAAAUGUAAUUAUUAAGUUAUGGAUAUUUGCUUAUAUUUAUUAGGUCACAACUGCUGCUCUGGGGGGGGGGAAGGGGGCGGGACUUUGAAAAUGAGGCUUACAGUAGCACAGUUAUGAUCAUAUUUAGGUUCGUUUUUUCUUCUACAAUUUUCCUUAAUUUGUGCCCCUUAAUUAUUGUUCUCCCACCCCAUUGCCACUUCCCUUUCUUUAUAGUUAUUAUUGCUGGAUUACACUAUCUGGGUAUCACCAAUUUGUUCUCCUCUCUCCAUGAUGUCUGCAGUUUGCCUUUCUGUGGAAUUUCAUUUAACUGGUGGAUGGUAGAUAAACUAUCUAGGCAACCGAAAUGAAACUUUGCUAAAUCUCUGCGCAUUACCAAAGGUCUCUAAUUUUAUCUUGUGUAUAACGAAAAUGAAGGUAAAAUUAAAAAAUAAAGGGGAAAUAGAUGGACAAAGAAAAGGAUUAAUUCAAAGACUAGACUUGUAAUGUUACCUUGAUGUUUCAAAAGAAAAGCAUGCCAAGCUUCACUUUCAGACUGUAAUUGUUAAAUAAAAUCCUUAAAAUUAUAAAAGAAAAGGAAACACUGGUUUUGCUUUUCUAACUACUAAUUAUAUUUAUAUUUUGAACAAUAUCCUACAAGAGUAGUAAGUAUCAUGCCAACUUUGUUUGCAAAAUUGCAAUUUAACUAAAUAUUGGUCACUGCCUUCACUUCGGCAAAUAUUCAAAUGUCAGUGUUCUUUAUCAUUGUGCACAUUUGGGAUGGUGACAAUUUUGUAGAGUAUUCAGCUCUUUAUUGUGCUAGUACAAUUUAUAAAUUCAAUUUAAGUGGAAUCUUUCAUCCACAUAUUUGUAAAUUAUGGUUUUGCUUUAACUAGAUCUGAAUGUUUACACACAUUUACAAAUGGCUAUAUUAUGAUUUUUACUUUUAUGAAUGAGUUUAUAUUUUCUCUACUUAAUGUUCUCAAACUGGUCAGCGAAAGCAUCUGUAGUUCUUUUUGUAAUGUAACCAGAUGUUGUGUUAGACCGACAGAUGUUAAUGAAUUUUUCAUAGAAAAUUGCAUUUUUGUACCUCAACUGUAGAGUUACAGGUUAACAAUUGGGCAUAGUGUUACAUCAGAGAUAAAAUUAUGUUGCGAGUAAGUGCUUGCAUUUUGUUUUUGUAAGUACGCGGUUUUUAAUGUCCUCAGAAAAUCCUUUAGCAUUAAUGUGUUGUGAUAUCCAAUCUGUAAUGUUUGUGAAUGGUUCUUGCAAAGAUAAAACAUAAUAAAUACAUUGCAAAACAGUAUAGAACCGUUGUGUUUAAAGCUCACAUGAUGCAAGACUUUUCCAUUGACCAAAGUAAUGCUGCAUUUUUGGCUUCUCACACCUUGCUCAUCCUUUGAGAAUGAUAGAAGAAAAGAAAUGGUAGCCUUUUUGUUGGUGGAAAAAGUUUAACUUGUAGCUUGUUCAGUUUAACGGUGUUAGUGCUGCCCUAUUUCUACUAGUGUUCACCAUUUUUAUGAACGUUUCACUAUAGAAAUUUUAUAAAAAGAAAAAACAAAACAACAAAGUAUCUAUGAGGAUGUCCUGGUCAAAGGAAAACAAUGGACUGGAAGAUUCAUUUUUAAUGCAUUUUCUUUUUUAUAAAGUUUGCUUAGCCUGGCCUAGCAGCAUUUUCACUUUUGAUACCCCACAAUCAAGCAGGAAUAUUUACCUUAUUGUAUCUGCUCCCUUAAAUAUUCCAUAUGCAGUUUACAGUGAUCUGGACAGCAGGUUAAAUUUACACUAAAAUGUUCACAAUGUAAAUAUAAUUUGAACUUUGCUGUAAUUUGUUUUGUUCUUUUUGUAUUAGUUUACUUUUAUAAACUUGCAUCAAGUCAGUAUUUGGGACCACAUACAACUGUAAAAGACUUGGCUUUAACUGAAGCUGUAUGUCUAAUUGUAUUAAACAUUGUUGGAAUGAAGUAGAAACAAACAUUUGAGUAAAAUACUUUUGCUGUUUUAUAUCUUCUGUUCAUCUCUCCUGGAUUGACAUUUGACAGAUGUUUGUUUUUCUCCCCAUUUUCAGUAUAUUUGAUCUUGACUAUAUAAAUGCAUAUUUUAAUAAAAAGGUUUAUUUUUA